AUGCUCGCUAAGCUAGGUGUAGAGAUCCACCUCAGUCAUGGAGGACAGCCUUGCCCCAACCAUAAUUGGGAAUGGGAAGAUACCGAUGAUGAGGACCAAUAUACUGCAUCUUUAACUGCUGGAAUUCCGGGUGUAGCAAAAGCAGCUGAUGAACAUGGCGAUUGGCGAUGCACAGAACCGUAUGCGACAGCAGACAAGGAUGUCUUUUUAGAGUCAGAGCCUGCAGCUACUUUCCCAGACUUGCCUGAGGUAAAUACAGCACAGAUCGGCAAGACUACAAUCACAAUUGUUCACUCUUCGGGUGUUCACAUUUUAUCUAUUCAGUAUUGUCAAUGCAUGGGUGCCCGAACUCCCGACAAACAGCUGUUUGAAAUGAGGCUGUUUGUGGCAUCAUUUACCCGGUCGAAGACAGCAUUUACUUUUGCAUUGUUGGACAAUUUCAUCUUGGACAAUUUAGAGUGCGGAACAUUGGGGAUGAACUAUUACAGCAAAUUGCGAAGAAUAACAUCUAGUAUAUUCCCUCAUGCGGUGCCGGACCACUACCGGGAGAUGAUGCAAGUUGCAAGACAAUGGUGCCAGCUGAAGCUAUUGAAAUGGAACAGAUUCAGUCACGAGAAGAGGGAACCAAAAGAUGGGGAGCUGGCUCUCUUCUGCCCAGCUUGUCCCCAACCAGGCAUCAACACCCCAUUGCAACCCAAAAGUGAUGAGACCAUUCCCGGAUGGAUAUAUACACGCUCCCUUGUUAUGGAUGGUAAUUUCAAAGCAGAGCAUCUAUAUCCGACACACCCGGAAGAUGAAGUUUGGUUGACCGAUGGCAAAGGAUUCAUGGUUGCAAGGGCGAGAUACUGGGCGCAUCUUGCUGUCGCACAAUAUUUGGUACAGAGAUCCAAAUGCAAUAACCAUAGAGCAGUGAAUCAGGCCAAUGCAUCUCGGCAUAAGCUGGAAGCUACGGGAAUCGGCGGGUGUGCCUGCGCUUGGCAUGGCUGCUUUGUGCCGAAUUCUAUGGUAGAUUUUCAAAAAGGCGAAAGACAGAUGAACAUGGAUUAUGCCCUUUGCAACAUGCUUGCUCAUAAUACCGACAGCUUAUGCAGGGCAUUGACUUUUUAUGAUGUCAAUUGUCAGUACAACAGACAUUUCAAGAAACGGGUGGAAGACAGCCUGCAUAUGGACAUUCCAUCCGACAUGGACAUAGUCCCGGGAAUCGGGCUAUGGCAUGUUCACGGGCAUCAAGACAAAUGCUUUGUGCGGUAUGCAUCAAAUUUUAUUCCCGGAGCCGCAAGAAUAGACGGCAAGAUCAUGGAGACCCUUUGGGCUUCCCUCAAUAUAAUUUCCCCGGCAGCCCGAGGAAUGUCGACCCCCACCGACAAAAAUGCCUCGAUUUCCAAAUGA